CAUUGCUCAAAGAUAUACAUUAAAGUCAGUUACUUGGGAUGUAGAUCUUAUUCCUAUCGAGAAGGAAAAAAAAUAUUUUAACAGAUUGAUAAAAGACCUACAAAAUGGAAAUACAUGCAGUACAUUUCAGAAUAAACAGCUAGAUAAUCCUGAUUACAGGGAAACAAUGAUCAAAUACUUUAAAGAAUGGGAGUUAAAGAUGAAAGAGAUUCUCCCGAAAAUCAAUGCAUCAACGCAAACUAGAAAUGAAAUGAGAGAUUCGAGUACAUUCCAAAAUAAAUCCGGCUGUGUUGACAAUCUCAGUCCUCUUAUGCAAUCUGCCCGUAAAGGUUAUAAAGACAUUGUUAGUAUGCUAUUACAAAUGGGAUGUGAGAUAAAUGAUACAGACAUUAAAAAACGGUCACCAUUAUAUAUGGCCGCUUCAUGUGGGCGGCAAGAAGUUGUUGAAGUUUUGUUAGAGAACAAAGCCGACAUUAAUUUAUGUGAUGAUUACGGAAAAUCUCCACUUUAUGCUGCUUCUAGAGAAGGGCAUGCCAAGAUAAUUGAACUUCUGAUUAACAAAUCAGACAUAGAUAAAUGUGACAACAACGGACGUUCUCCGUUGUACGUAGCUUGUGAAGCAGGUCAUAAACAAGUCGUUGAAUUAUUAGUUAGGGCAAAUGCAACAUUUUCGAAUUCCGAUCAUACAGGCGCGUCUCCUCUUUAUGUUGCCACACAACGUUGUAAAAAAGAAGUUGUUGAAUAUUUGAUAAAUUUAGAUGCGAAAGUAAAUCAUUGUGAUCACGACGGACGAUCACCAUUGUUUAUUGCAUGUGAAGAAGGAUAUAUAGACCUGGUAGAAAUUCUCCUUGACUACCAAGCUGAUCCAUCAUCUUGUGAUUUACAUGAUAGAUCACCCCUGUACAUGGCUUCAAAAACUGGUAAUCAAAAAGUAGUGGAAUUAUUACUUUCAAAAAAUAGCGAGAUGAUAAACUGUACCGAUGAUAACGGUUGGACGCCUUUAUUUGUCGCUUGCGAUAUUGGACAUACAAAUGUUGUUCAAACUAUCCUUGAGCACAAACCUGAUGUCAACUUUUGCGAUCGACUUGGUUUAUCGCCUCUCCAUAUUGCUUGCAGCAAAGGGCACAUAGAUAUAAUUAAUCUAUUGUUACCCAGAUCAAAUAUAAACAAAGUAGACAAAUCUAAUCGAACCUCAUUAUAUACUGCUUGCAAAUUAGGUCAUGCAGACAUUGCCAAAAUAUUACUUGAUAACAAGGCAGAUAUCAAUAUUAAAAACAAAUGGGGGGCAUCCGUUUUAUAUGUUGCAUGUCGAGAAGGUAAUGAGGAUGUGGCUGACCUUUUACUCAAGCGAAAUUUUGAAAUCAAUAAAUGUGAUUCAAAUUUUAUGCCGUUACACAAAGCGUGUGAGGAAGGAUUUUUUCAAAUUGUCAAUAUCUUAAUCGAGAAUGGUGUUAAAAUCAACAAAUCAAAUCAGAAAGACCAGAAAACCGCUCUAGAUAUUGCCUAUGCAAAUGGACAUGAUGACAUUGUAAAAGUUUUGCUUUCGAGAAACGCAAAAAGUACGCAAAGUAAAAAACAAAUGUCAGCCGAAUGA